AUGAAUUCCAGUUUGUUUUUUCUCUUACUCUUUCUCAUCAUACUCAUAGAUUCAUCAAACUCAACAACAUGUCCAGUGUCCAUGAAAUUUGUCCAAAAAGUCCCUUGGAAUUCUUCACUUUGUCUUAACUUCAAACCCUUACAAACCAAAACAGAAACAAAAGAAACUCUUUGUUGUCACACUCUCUUAUCUCUCUUUGGCAUAGCACUUGCUGAAAAUCUCAAUAGACACUCACUUUUCCAUUUCUCCAACACCUCUAUCUCAGAAUCAUGCUUACAUGAUUACCAAUCCAGCCUCACUUCAAUCUCACUUCCUAACAACCUUGUUUCUUCAUGUUUUGAUCCAUCUCAAUUUGUUUCUACUCCAAACACAUGUUUUCAUAUUCAAUCUGAGCAAGAUUGGCUUAACAAAGUUGAUUCAACAAGUCUAGCACUACUUGAUAGUGUUUGUAAACCAGAUUUAACAGAUCCUGACCAUUGUAGUGCUUGUCAGGAUCGAGGAGAUAUGGUUCAUCAGAUGCUGACUCGAAUGGAUGGUAAUAGUUCACAUUCUCAAGAUUGUUUUUACUUUACAAUACUUUAUAUUGCUGGAAUUGUGAAUAGGUUUGGUCCUCAGAGUAAUGGUGUUUUGGCUUGUAUUCUUAUUCUGUUGGUUGAUUCGAAAGGGGAUUCUAAAAAGGAACAUCAUCAUGUUCUUGUAAUUGGGUUGGUUUCAGCUUGUUUUGUGUUUGGGUCCUUUUUGUUAGGGUUGUUGUAUUUUUGGUAUACUUGGUGGGUGAAGAGGAAAAAGAAUGAUAAUUUGUUGUCACAUAGUGGUGGUUCGGUGGAACCGAGUUUUAGCUUAAGAGUUAGACCUAAAAGCGGGUUGAUUUGGUUUGAUUUUAAGGAUCUUUUGAAGGUUACUGACAAUUUUUCGUCGGGAAAUUUUGUUGGAAGAGGCGGGUUUGGUUCGGUUUAUAAAGGGGUUUUACCGGAUGGGACAGUUGUUGCGGUUAAAAGGAUUGAAGAGUCUGAUUAUCAAGGAGAUGUUGAGUUUUACAGAGAGGUUGGGAUUGUUAGUAGCUUGAAACACCGAAAUUUGGUGCCGCUUAGAGGCUGUUGUGUGGUUGGUGAGGAUGAGAAUUCUGAGUACAUUGGAAAGUAUCUUGUUUAUGACUAUAUGCCAAAUGGUAAUCUUAAAGAUCAUCUUUUUCCAGAUACGGAUAGCGAAAAUGCAACGCGAUUACUAACUUGGCCGCAAAGAAAAAACAUAAUCUUGGAUGUGGCGAACGCGUUGGUUUAUCUGCACUUUGGAGUUAAACCACCUGUUUAUCAUAGAGAUAUCAAAGCUACAAAUAUACUACUUGAUGCAGGUAUGAGGGCGAGGGUUGCAGAUUUCGGGCUGGCGAGACAGGACUACAGUCAAAAUAGGUCUCAACUAAAUACAAGAGUAGCUGGAACUCGCGGAUAUCUUGCUCCUGAAUACGCACUUUAUGGUCAGCUAACUGAAAAAAGUGAUGUCUACAGCUUUGGCAUUGUUGUUCUUGAGAUAAUGUGUGGAAGAAAAGCUCUUCAGCUGUCUUCGUCAGGAGAGCCUAAUUUCUUGAUCACGGAUUGGGUUUGGUCGUUAAUAAAAUCCGGAAACAUGAUUAAGGCUUUGGAUGGUUCUAUCUUAAUGGAUGGAAAUUCCAAUAGAAGCAUAACUGAGAGAUUUUUGUCGGUCGGAGUUUUGUGUUGUCAUGUAAUGGUUGCUUUAAGGCCCACAAUUUUGGAUGCUUUGAAAAUGUUAGAAGGGGAUAUUGAAGUUCCAUCAAUUUCAGAUAUGUCAAUGAGUCCAGGGAACCACAUGUUUGUGAGACGUGAUUCAACUUGA